AUGCGAGCCGAGGGUGAUCCGCCGUCUGCUGGCGGUGGCAGUGGCAGUGGCAGUGGCAACGCUUCCUUGAGAUCGACCGCGUCGCUAAUUGCAGCUGCAGGACCGCCGCAGCAGGAUCAUCAUCUUUUUCACCACCAUCAUCUUCUUCACCACCACCACCACCAAGAAGAAGAAAAAGACUGGGAGGAUGGGUCGUCGGGACAUCAAUCUGACGCCGAAAGCCAUGCAGAAGGCACUGAACCCUUCCCUGAGCAUGAGAAGGCAGCUGUCAUUGGCAUAGCUUUGCCAUAUCCUCCUCCCCCAGAAGCCACAGACAAUACAGCAUCCAACUCGGACUCGGCCCCAACCCACCGGCGCCCUAGCUGGAGCAGACGAUUCGGCAGAUACUGGAGAGGAGACCUUGGGUCGGAAACAGGCGACUCGCGGGCGGAUACCGGUGAGCCUGGUUCUGCAGCUUCACAGGAAAAAGCGGCCGAGCCAGAAGGAAAGCCCGAAUCCACGGUUAUCGCUGAAGAGCCAAUAGAGCUACCCAGCGACGACUGGCGCCAGCUGUCCAAGGUCAUCAGCGUGGCCAGAUCCGCGCAGGGCAAUGUCUCUGAACGGCGCCGAUCGUCUCAUCGAGUGGACGAGAAAAAGGCCAUCCGACCGGGGGUCUAUUUCCGCUCACGGAGAGUGAGAGAUGGCGAAAGGGACACUUCCUGGCUGCAGCAGAACAAAGACCCUCGACAGAAAUGGCUGAGCAUCAUCCCCUUGGCCGGCCUCUUUCUCGGCUUUUGCGUCGCGGGGGUGUACAUCUAUCUGGGCUACCGCUCGGUGCCGGUCAACUCGUACUGUCUCGUGUACGAGGAUGACUUUUCCGCCCCUCAUUUAAACAAGGAUGUCUGGCUCCAAGAGGUCCAGGUGGGAGGCUUCGGGAACGGCCAGUUCGACGAGACCACGGCCGACGAGGAGAACGUCUUUAUUAAAGACCACAUGCUCCAUAUCCAGCCAACGCUUCAGGACGAAUACCUAAUGACACACAAUGCCACCGUGAAUCUGCUUGACCGGGGAACCUGUACCGCAAAUACCUGGGCCGAUUGUGUAGCCGUCACCAACACCACCAAUGGCACCGUGGUCAACCCGGUCAAGUCAGGUCGCAUCAACACCAGUCGGGGAGCCAACCUGAGGUUCGGGCGCGUCGAGGUCGUGGCCAAGUUGCCCCAGGGGGACUGGCUCUGGCCGGCCAUCUGGCUCUAUCCCACAAACUCCGAGUAUGGGACCUGGCCUGCGAGCGGCGAGAUCGAUAUCGCAGAAAGCCGCGGGAAUAACUGGACCUAUCCUCUCAGUGGCAACGAUAUCAUCUCCUCGACGCUUCACUGGGGGCCCACCACUUCCAGCGAUGCGUGGUGGCGAACGUACCAUAAACAAAAGGCGCUUCACUCGACCUUCUCCGAACGUUUCCACACGUUCGGGCUCGAGUGGAAUGAGAAAUACCUGUAUACCUACCUCGACAGUCGUCUCCUGCAGGUCCUCUACCACAAGUUCGGCACGCCCUUUUGGGAGCUGGGUUCGUUUGCAGGGCUCAGUCUGUCCACCGCAGGCAACAUCUGGUGGAACGGCACAAUCGCCGCCCCAUUUGACCAAGAUUUCUUUCUGAUCUUGGAUGUCGCAGUCGGGGGCACGAAUAAUUGGUUCCAAGACGGACUGGCUGGCAAACCCUGGGCCGACCAAAGCCAGUUUGCGAAGAAGCAAUUCUGGGAGGCGCGCGACCAGUGGUAUCCCACCUGGCAGAACCCCAACGGACCGGCCAUGCAGGUCAAAAGCGUCAAGAUGUGGCAGCAGAAGGGAUAUAAUGGCUGCGGCGACAAUGCACGACCCGUGGGCUGA